UUCUUCUUUGUCUGCGGACACGGAAGUUUAAAAGAAAAAGAAAGUUGGAGGAGAAAGAAAGGAGGAAGAGAAAGAAAGGUUGGUGUUCGUGUUGGAAUUCCUGACACUCCCCAAAGCCAUGGAGGCCAUGGCUGUACUUGAUACCAUUGGGGUGGGAGACCUGGUGUUACUGGACCCACUGACAGAAGAUACUUUAAUGCAGAACCUGGAGAAACGCUUCCAACAUAAGGAAAUCUAUACAUACAUUGGGAAUGUGGUGAUCUCAGUGAACCCGUAUCAGCCUCUGCCCAUUUAUUCGGAAAAGACAGUGGAGGAGUAUAAGAGCUGUAACUUCUUUGCAGUCAAACCCCACAUCUAUGCCAUAGCUGAUGACGCCUACCGCUCACUGAAAGAGCAAGACAAAGACCAAUGUGUUCUUAUCACCGGCGAGAGUGGGGCUGGCAAAACAGAGGCCAGCAAGCUGGUGAUGUCAUAUUUGGCAGCAGUAUGUGGAAAAGGGGAGCAGGUGAAUUGUGUCAAGGAACAGCUGCUGCAGUCAAACCCUGUCCUGGAAGCCUUUGGGAACGCCAAAACCAUCCGCAAUGACAACUCCUCACGAUUUGGCAAAUACAUGGAUAUUGAAUUUGACUUCAAGGGUGAUCCUUUGGGUGGUGUCAUCAACAAUUACCUGCUAGAGAAAUCUCGGGUGGUUCAUCAUGUCAGAGGCGAGCGGAACUUCCAUAUCUUCUACCAGCUCCUGGCUGGAGGCUCUGACCAGCUGCUCAGUCAGCUGAAGCUGGAACGAAACUGCAGCCUUUACGGUUACCUCAACAGGGAGGCCCCAAGCCUGCAGGGUGUGGAUGAUGCUGCCAACUUCAGAGCUGUUCAGGAUGCCAUGCGAGCCAUUGGUUUCUCCCCAUCAGAGGUGACGGCAGUGCUGGAGGUGACAGCCGUUGUCCUCAAACUUGGCAAUGUGCAGCUGGGAGAGCAAUUUCAGGCGAGCGGAGCAGAAGCUUGCGGAAUCCGGGAUGACAAAGUGGUCUGGGAGAUCUGUCAGCUGAUCCAGUUGAGUGAAACUGUCCUGGAACAGGCUUUGUGCUCUCGCACAGUGGAAGCCCAUCAGGAGAAGGUGGUGACAACCUUGACUAUCUCACAAGGUUACUAUGUGCGGGAUGCCCUAGCAAAGAACAUUUAUAACCGGCUAUUUAACUGGCUUGUUAGCAGGAUCAACGAGAGCAUCAAAGUGAAAACAAAUGAGCAAAAGAAAGUGAUGGGUGUUCUGGAUAUUUAUGGCUUUGAGAUUUUUCAGAAUAACAGCUUUGAGCAAUUUAUUAUCAAUUACUGCAAUGAGAAGCUGCAGCAAAUCUUCAUCUUGUUGACCCUGAAGGAGGAGCAAGAGGAAUACAUUCGAGAGGGCAUAACUUGGACUCCUGUAGACUUUUUCGAUAACAGCAUCAUCUGUGACUUGAUAGAGGAUAGCAAAGGAGGGAUCCUGGCCAUGCUGGAUGAGGAGUGUCUUCGUCCGGGGGAGGUGAAUGAAGCCACAUUCCUCAACAAACUCAACCAUGUCUUUGAGAAACACAAACACUACGAGAGCAGAGUCACCCAGAAUGCCAAGCAUAUCAUGGACGCCAGCUUGCCUGCCAACUGCUUCCGCAUUCACCACUAUGCUGGCAAGGUAACAUACAAUGUGGCUGGAUUCAUAGAGAAGAACAAUGACCUGCUCUUUAGAGACCUGUCACAAGCCAUGUGGAAGGCCAAACACGUGCUACUGCACAGCCUCUUCCCAGAAGGGGACCUCCAAAAGGCCUCACUGAAGCGCCCACCCACCACCGGUUCACAGUUCAAAGCCUCUGUGGCCACCCUCAUGAAGAAUCUGUAUUCCAAGAACCCCAAUUACAUCAGGUGCAUCAAGCCUAAUGACACCAAGGAGCCAGCUGUGUUCACAGAUGCGCUGGUUCGGGCACAGGUGCGCUACCUUGGCCUGCUGGAGAAUGUGCGGGUUCGGCGCGCUGGAUAUGCCUAUCGGCAGCUCUACAACCCAUGUCUGGAGCGCUACAAAAUGCUCUGCAGGGAGACCUGGCCACGAUGGAAAGGCAAUGCCAGGGAUGGUGUUCAAUCCCUUUUCAGCAGUCUGCCAAUUGACCCCAAAGAGCUAGCAUACGGACACACCAAGAUCUUCAUCCGCACACCACGCACGCUUUUUGAUUUAGAGGACAGACGUCAUCGACGGGUAGAGGAGCUGGCUGCUGUGAUCCAAGCAACCUUCCGGGCCUGGAAAUGCCGCAAGAACUAUCAACAGAUUCGCAAGAGCCAGAUCCUUAUCUCCUCCUGGUUCCGGGGUCAUGUGCAAAAGAAGAAAUACACAAAGAUAAAAAUGGCAGCUCUUCUUAUCCAGGCCUACAUCCGAGGAUGGAAGUCUCGUAGACUGCUGUGGGAACUGAAGGAACAAAAAAAAUGCACUCAUGCUGCCACCAUCAUUUCUGCUUACUGGAGAGGUUAUCAGACACGGAAGGGAUACAAGAAGUAUUUCCGCUCUGGGGCUUCUGAGUGCAUCACAAAUUUUAUCUACCGGAGGCUGGUGCAAAAAUUCCUCUUGGGCCUGAAAAACAGCCUCCCUUCCAUGACAGUGACUGACCAUGCUUGGCCACCUGCCCCAUACCAAUUUCUCACAGUCACCAACAAAGAACUGAAGAACAUCUUCCACCAUUGGAGGUGCAAGAAAUAUCGGGAUCAGUUGCCGCCUCAGAAAAAAGAAGCCCUACAGGACAAGCUCUGUGCCAGUGAACUUUUCCGGGGCAAGAAAAGUUUGUAUUUGAAGAGCCUCCCACAGCCUUUCCAAGGGGAAUAUCUGGGUCUGAAGGAGAAUCCCAAAUACCGUAAGCUCCAAACCACAGCUGAUGGCAAACUAGUUAUGGCUGACAGUGUGAGGAAGGUCAACCGAGCUGAUGGAAAGGCCUCACCUCGAAUCUUCCUUCUCACCAAGAGCCACAUCAUCCUGGCCGACCCUAAGGUUGCCCAGCCAAAAACAGUGAUCACCCUGAGUGACAUUGACAGUGUCUCUGUCAGCAGCUACGCAGAUGGGUUCUUUGUUCUGCACAUUAGAGAGUCCUCCACAGCAGGCACCAAAGGGGACUUCCUGCUUAUCAGUGACCACCUGAUUGAACUGGUCACCCGGCUGCACCAGACCUUGCUAGAGGCUACAAAGCAAAAACUGAAGCUCCAAGUGGCUGAUGAGUUCCUGGUGAAGUUUAAGCAAAGCAGCAUCACUGUCAAGGUGGUAGAGACGGCUGAGAAGCAGGGGGCAGCACCUAUCUGCAGAAAGAAAGGCAGCCGUCGAAUGGAGGUGUUGGUCCACUGAGGUGAAGUUGGACUGAAGGAUGCAGCUUCUUCACAGGGAGCUAAUGCUGGCCUCCUUGGGGAUUUUGGAGGGGGGAAUCUGUGACUUAGAUUUGGCCCCUGGUGGCUUCAGUCCCCCUUGCUAUCCUCUCAUCCCAUCAGAAUUGUUACCUCAGGAGCAGCUAUCUGAACACCUGUCUUCAAAAACCAAUCAACAUAUCCCAGUUUCUCCAUUUGCUGUGGAUGUAAAUGACAAAUCAUGCCUGUAUUACUGCUGACCUCUUCAGAAACGGCCUCUCUCCUGUAGAAGCCUUACCUUUUAUUUAACUGGAAAACAUGGAGGGCAGGGGGAGAGUGUCAAUAAAACAGA